CCUCCUCAAGUUCACCGAGAUCCAUUAUGUCCACAUUAAGGCAACACGCGCCGUUUGAAUAGUGCCGAAUGAAAGUUCCUAAUCACACCUGAACCUUGGAGUUUUACAUAAGCAGAUUCAAUUAGCAGGUCGGCGGAUACUUUCUUGAGGUAAAUCGACCAAUCGCCUGCCGGCUUCUAAACAAUUCAGAGAGCCAGUGACGCCAGCAGCUCGGCAAUUAAAGAAAAUCCCCCCACAACAACAACCAAUAAUUCAGAUUACAAUGUCGAUCUUAUGCAAUUAUUAUGUGGCUGUUCAAAUCUGCGGAGACUUUUCCGAUCGUCAGAUAGACUCAUUCGUAGAUGUUCACUCGGUGCUGACCACUCGAAUGGCUCAAUUUCUUCAGCGGUUUCUGCUCUUGGUUCUUUUGGUUGAGCUUGGGGACGCUUCAUGCCUCCCUGACAAUGUCUUUCCGCCAAUGUAUCGCAUGGACCACUACAAGAACUGCCCCAGAAACACCAGCACUUACUGCCUGUUCACUUUUAAAGUCCACACGAAAAUGCCGCAAAUACUGGAAACUGAAAACAACCCGCAAAGGUUCGACAGGAGCAUUUUGAAUCGCAUGCUGUGCGUUCCCAACUCCAUUGACACAAUUGAGUAUGGAAAUGCAGUAAUUGCAGGCGAACUGCACGGCUUCAAUUUCACAGUGCAGCUAGAUGAAGUGCAAUGCGAGCAACAGUGGGAGUUUCCCUAUCAAAAAACCAUCAUCUGGCUAAUCAUCGCAACCUACUUGCUGAUUACUCUGGAAGCCACCCGCGCCCACUAUAGAAGCCUGAGGGACCCCAAAGCAUCCUCCCAUUGGUGCCACAACUUCUCGGUGAUCAGAAAUGCUCAGAAGCUGUUCGAGCAAAACCGCAGCCCGGACUUUCAACGGUUAAAGUCGGUUCAGGGCAUCAGGGUGUUCAAUAUGGGCGUGGUGGUGGCGUGGCAUUGCGCAGUAAGUCUCAGCCAAACCUACAUGACUGACGUGGAACAACUGGAAAAGAACUUCGAGCAUCCCCUGGUCCACUACUUGAUGUAUCUGGGCGGGCUUUGUGUGCAGAUGUUUUUCCUCAUUUCCAGCUUCCUGCUAACUAAUCAGAUUCUGCAGAUGUUCAGCAGAAACGGGCGUUUUAGCCUGCAGGACUGCUGCAUUAUGAUGCUGAAUCGAGUCGUCAGAUUGAUGCCAGUGCUGUUGUUCUCCAUUUUCACCACCUGGAUGGGGAUAUACGACAACUCCCCACACACGAUCGCCAAUCGGAACGUCUACAUUCCGAGCUGUGGAUGCAACUGGUGGCGCACCCUGUUGCAAACCACCUUCCUCAUCCCCUUCUCCCAGAUAUGCACUCCUGGAAUGUGGUACCUCUCAGUGGACACUCUGUAUUAUGGCAGCACUUUGCUGAUCCUCUAUCUGGCGCUGAACCUCCAUCUGGACCUGCGAAGGCUCUCCGCGCGUUUGAUUCUGAUCCUCAUCGGCUGUUUUGCUGUUUAUCUGCAAGUCAAGGACUACAGCUACAUGUUCCGGCCGCAUCCCCAGGAACUGAAGACCAUGACAUUCUCCAAGGACAUGAAUGGGGUUUAUGUGCCUCCUCUGGCCAGCUGGCCCAGCAGCCUCUUUGGGGUCAUUCUGGGGCACAUCUACUACUCCAACAAGCUGGAGAAGAGCGUGAAGGUCAACCCGGACCAGGAGAAAAUGUGGUGGAUGGUUUUUGGGUGCGUCCCUCUCCUAUCGUUGCACCUUUCCACAUAUUCGUUCACUGGAGUGGCUGGCAGCAUUCUAGGCGCCAUCCUCAAGCCCCUGUUCGUCUUCCCGUUGGGACUGGGAGUUUUGGGCAUGGCCUUUGGGCUUGGAGGCCCGGUGAAGGCGUUGUUGGAGGCUCGCGUUCUGGUGGUUCUGAGCAAUGUGACUUUUUGCACCUACGUUUUUCACUUCUAUGUGGUUUUUGCAAAGGGCUUUUUCCUCGAUGAGUUGCUGCCCUACCACGCCCAGGACUUAGUUUCCUGGCUAACCUUCGACUUGCUUGCGGCGUUUGGCCUUGGAACAGUGAUGACGAUUUUAGUGGAAUUUCCCUGUUUGGCCCUGCAGAAACUGUGUCUGCCCCAAGUGAAACCAGCUGCCAAGAAGCUGGAGUAGUUCCGACGGUUUUUAGCUUGAACAUGACUGUGAUAAAUUUAGCGGUGAGGAGAAAUAAAUUAGGUUGUUUUUGGAAAAGGAAAUGGGUUUUGUAACCUUCAGAAUAGGUCGAAAUCAAGGCUAGAAAGUGGAAAUCACGGCGCCGAUGAUGCGUGGACAGUGAGAAAAAGUGCAAAAAACAUUUUGCUUCAUUAGAUUGCGCACGUUAACUAGCCGUAGCUAAGUAAUAGGUUUUUUUGCCCGCGAUCGCACUUAGGCUUAUAAUCAUUUAACAAUUUAAUUAUGCAUUUAUGCAAUGAGCAUAAUUAUCGUAAUAAAUCCGAGUUGUUUUGCUGAAA